AUGUGUGGGAAGAGGUCCCAGUGCUCCUUCUCCCGCCUGGAAAUUAUCCUCAUUGUCUUCCUGGUCCUGAUGAUGGCAGUGACCGUGGUGCUCCUCACCCUCCACUUCCUCUCCAAAGAGAGCGAUGAUGCCACCAAUGAAAGAGCAAAGUAUUUACUGGGUGUAGGUCGAGCUGACUGCACAGGCCCCGUGGCUGAAAUUCCCCUGAUGGGCUAUGCCAACCCGAAGCAGGUGGGCAGGGGGCUUCUCACCCACCUCUACAGCAGAGCCUUCAUCGUGGCAGACCUGGAUGACGACUCCAGGAGGAUAGUGUUUGUCAGCGCUGACAUCGGGAUGGUGUCUCAGAGGCUGAGGCUGGAGGUGCUCAAGAAGCUGAGGAGUGAGUACGGAGCCCUGUACCGGCAGGACAACGUCAUCCUCAGCGGGACCCACACGCACUCGGGGCCUGGGGGCUACUUCCAGUACACCCUGUUCUGGGUCACCAGCAAAGGGCUGAUCAGACCAACCCUCAACGCCCUCGUCAACGGCAUCGUCAAGAGCAUUGCCAUCGCACACCAGAACAUGAGGAGGGGAAGGCUCUUCGUGAACAGGGGCGCUGUGGAGAACAGCCAGAUCAACCGCAGCCCUUUCUCCUACCUGCAGAAUCCAGCCUCUGAACGAAGCAGGUAUUCAUCCAACACGGAUAAGGAGAUGGUGCUGCUGAAGAUGGUAGAAGAGAAUGGACAGGAGCUGGGCCUUAUCAGCUGGUUUGCUGUGCACCCAGUCAGUAUGAACAACUCCAACCACCUGGUGAACAGCGACAACGUGGGUUACGCCUCCUACUUGUUCGAACGGGAGAAGAACAAGGGGAUGCUCCCUGGAGAGGGCCCUUUUGUCGCUGCCUUUGCCUCCUCCAACCUGGGAGACGUGUCACCCAACACCAGGGGCCCGUUCUGCGCCAACACGGGGGACUCGUGUGACAACCCCCAGAGCACCUGUCCUGUGGGGGGGGCGACGAUGUGCAUGGCCAGGGGUCCUGGUGGUGACAUGUUUGACAGCACAAGGAUCAUCGGGCAAAACAUCUACCUGAAAGCCAGGGAGCUGUAUGACCAAGCUGCCCAGGAGAUCACUGGAGGCCUCAGCUCAGCCCACCAGUGGGUGAACAUGAGUGAUGUCUGGGUGGAGCUCAAUGCCACACACACGGUUAAAACAUGUAAACCAGCCUUAGGAUACAGCUUUGCUGCUGGGACUAUUGAUGGAGUGGGAGCUUUCAACUUCACACAAGGUGCAGUAGAAGGAGACCCAUUUUGGGAUGGAAUCCGGGACCAGCUGCUGGGGGAGCCAUCCAACAGGACCAAAGCCUGCCAUGCACCCAAGCCAAUCCUCUUCAACACUGGAGAGAUGACUCGUCCACACCCCUGGCACCCUGAUGUGGUUGAUGUCCAGCUUGCUGCCAUCGGGUCCCUGGCUAUUGUUGCUGUUCCUGGAGAGUUCACGACCAUGUCUGGACGCAGGCUACGGGAAGCCGUUAAAAAAGAAUUUGAUUCUCAUGCUAAACCAGGAAUGGAGGUGGUAAUUGCAGGCCUGUGCAAUGUCUACACCCAUUACAUCACCACCUAUGAAGAAUACCAGGCUCAACGCUACGAGGCUGCAUCAACUAUCUAUGGACCACACACCCUUUCUGCUUAUAUCCAGCUCUUUAGAGGCCUUGCAAGGGCUCUUGCUACGGACACAGCUCAGGACCUGCCUCGUGGCCCGGAGCCCCCACUUUUCAGCAUUGGCAACCUGACCCUGGUGCCUGCCCUCGUGGCCGACCGGGCGCCAGCAGGCAGGGCAUUCGGGGACGUGCUGCGGGACGUGAGACACCAGUACCCAGUGGGAGAAGUCGCUGAAGUAACUUUUGUAGGUGCCAACCCCAGGAACUCGGCAGAGAACGGGACUGAGCACAACUUCCUGACAGUGGAGAGACACACCAGCCCUGCAGAUGACUGGCAGGUGGUACAGAACGAUGCCUCCUGGGACACCAGGUUUUACUGGACCAAAGGAAUAUUUGGGCAGAGCAAAGUGACCAUUGAGUGGCACAUCCCCCAGGACACAGAGCUGGGUGUCUACAGGAUCCGGUACUUUGGGCACUACAGGAAAAAACUGUCCCCCAGCCAGGCUGUCUCUGUUCCAUUUGAAGGCACCUCUUCAGCAUUCGAAGUCACAGCUCUGUAG